AGCAACUGAUGGAUGCAAGUGCUGUCACCGGAGAAUCUAGUGAAGCUCCCGCACUCUCUGGAGGACAACAACUACCACCUCAAUUAUGAAGGCCUCACUUUUUUAUCCAUCUUUUAGAAGUUCAUCUGCAAGAGCAAGCUGUAGCAAGCUGUUUUCAAGUAUUUAGGAACUUCCUACUAGGAAAGUGGACACAGUAGAUGAGGCAGCAGAUGGAUUGUAGUGAGUUCUAAAAUUAGUCGAUGACAAUUCUCCCCCAAAUCAACUGCUUUCCAGCCAAUUUUUAGAACAAGUUGGCAGUAUCGAUCUAGAGGAUGUAGAAUCAGCGGACUUUGAAACCGUCUGUCAAGCGAUAGCCACAAGACCGCCUAGGGCGAAACAGCAGUCAAGAACCGGCGUUUUCGGCUCGAGUAGAGAGCGUGGACAACGCAAGAAACCUCUGAGCGAGAAAGAAUACAGUGCGGGACUAAGGCUAGCAAAAGCUUUGGACGCUCUAGGGGAGGAUGAGACGGGAGACAUUUCUGCGAUGGCGAAAAGUCUGAGACCGGGUCGGAGGUGAGGAGAAAGAGGUAUCAUCAUGUAGGUAAGGAAGAUGUCAUAACUGAAUAUUGUAAAAGUAAAUGCACCCAUCACUCAACUGAUAUUGUCGUUCCCCAUUCUUUCCUCAAAAGUUUGAUCCUGUAGUUUAUUCCAUCACGAGUAUCGCACACGCACACAAGAGCUAGAUACGACUCAUAUAAGGAAACUAGGACUGUAAGAGAUAUGCCAAUGACUUUAUCGAAUAAGAAAAAACGACACAGAAUCGCAAUCUUAGCCUUCAAUCAUAGAUCAAAAAAGAGGACCAUGAGCAUGCACAUGGACAUAAAUGAUAGCUAAUGAUCGUUGUACAUAAAAUGAAUCGCAUGCAAAUCGCUACCGAUAGCUUUUAGCAGCUGCACAGAACCCAGCCGAAAUUAAUCUGAAUUUACAUUACGCUUAUGAUUACGCCAAUGAAAAAAUUGCCUCUACUUUUCUUCUCGAACGAUGACAAAAUGAGUCAAUAACUUACCCGAUUCAAGAACACCGAUUUCGAAUAGUACGAACGAAAAAUAUGAACACCGCAAGAAUAUGUGCUGUUUAGAAUAUCGC